AUGGUUUUGGAGGAUUUUGGUAUGGAAGAAGAAAUCAUAGCCGAUUUGGAGUUGAGUUAUCUACCUGCUGAGUUGAUCAAUACAUCAGGAUGUCCACCUGUGAUCAUUGCAAACGAUCGACAGCUUCAGAAUUUUGUUCGCUUUGUUCAAAAGAGUAAUUAUACUCGAUUGUGUGUAAAAUGUAAAGCCAAGGCUGAGAAUCCGAAUGAAGCAGCCUUUGAUCUUAACAAAUCGCCAGCCGAUCCAUGUACUGAUGAAGAGGAAGAAAACUCGUUUGACAGUGGGGACGAAUCAGCUCAUGUGUAUGCUGAGAGGCAGAGCGAGAAGAAGAAUGAAAAGCGGAAAGGAGUCGCAGUUGAUGAGGAUGGGGACUAUGAUGCUGAUACCAUGAUCUCUGAAAAAGAGAACAUACAUAAAAUGUCAAAGUUUUCUCUGCUCCAUGUUGUUAAGUAUGAAGACGUCAAGGAAGGGCAGAAAUGUAAUGAUAUCAUACAGAUUAUGCGUAGUGAUCAUGGAUGUGAGAUCUCAAAAUCUUUAGCAUGGGAUGCGCGUGAAUAUGCGAUCAAUGCAAUUAGAGGUAUUCCAGAGAGAAGUUAUGGGAAAAUACCAAAAUACUUGCACAUGCUGAGAGAGGCUAAUCCAAGUACACACUCAUCUUACGAGAUUGACGGAAAUGGGAAUUUUCGGUACCUGUUUAUUGCAUUUGGGCAAUCGAUAAGAGGAUUUAACAGAGUCAUGAGGCAGGUUAUUGUGAUCGAUGGGACAUUUUUGAAGAAUAAAUACAAAGGAAUUUUACUGGUUACAACUGCUGUAGACGGAAAUUCUAAUAUGUAUCCUAUUGCGUUUGGAAUAGUCGACUCAGAGAAUGAGCGUUCUUGGGAAUGGUUUAUGAGACAACUUAAGGUUGUCAUUGCAGAUGAUCAUGAUUUGGCUUUUAUUUCAGACAGACAUGGGUAUAUCGCUAAGGCACUUGAAAAUGUGUAUCCAUCAGCUAGACACGGUAUUUGUAUUCAUCAUUUGUUGAAUAAUGUGGUCACAUAUUUCCAUGGGAAAGGACUUGCUGGGUUGGUUUCAAAGGCGUCCAAGGCUUAUCGAGUUUCUGAGUUUGAGAAGACAUUUGCUAAUGUGUGUAAUAUCAAUCCGGCAAUUGGAAAUUACCUAAGGGAAGCUAAUGUGCAAAAAUGGGCUAGAUGCCAAUUCCCUGGAUACAGAUACGACAUAAGGACAACCAAUCCUGAUGAAUCUAUCAACUCUGCUUUGCGUUCACCGAGAGAGUAUCCAGUCAUUCCUUUGUUGAACAGUAUCAGGGAAAUGUUGACAUGGUGGUUUUAUGAGCGUAAGAAACUGAUUUCAAAGCAUAAACAUCCUUUGACCAAAGAUGUAGAGAAAAAGAUAGGCAGGAGAAUCGGGAAAUGCUCCACAUUUGUAGUUUACCCUUACAACCUUAUGAAGAUCCCUUGUAGGCACGCAAUUAAAGCUGGUUUUCAUGUUGGAAGAGAGCCACACACAUUGACUGAUUUGAUGUAUACGACAGGAGCUUGGAGAGAAGCUUAUCAAGAAAGCAUAAAUCCUAUUGAUGUUCCCGAGGAUGUUUGGUCUAUACCAGAAGAUGUUAAGAAAGUCAUUGUUCUACCACCAGAGACAAGAAGAUCAGUUGGAAAGAAAAGAAAACGCAGAUAUGAAACUGUGGAAGACAAAAUUCUGUCAUCGCAAAUAUCACGAAAGAAGCAGCCUUGGAAGUGUAGUAGAUGUGGUAUUAGUGGGCACAACAGAGCAACUUGUAAAGUUGCUCUGUUCAAGUAUGCAAGUGGUGGUAAAUGGCGAGCUAGGCGAGCUUAUUUCUAA